AUGGCCAAUAACGAAGAAUCAAACCCACUUUUAUCCAAUCAACAACAACCUGACUUCAAAGAUGAGAAGAAAUCCACAAAACCUAUUUCUUCUACCACCGGUGCCACGUCACCACCGCCUUUUCCGGCGGAUCCAGUGAAGCCAGCUGUUCCGAUGGGUUGGACUGCUGAUGGGCUUCCAAUGGGCCAUGGAGUUAUGGGUCAGCCCAUGACCCGUAGGGCCCAAUGGGAUUCUGGACUCUGUUCUUGUUUUGGCAGGAAUGAUGAAUUCUGUAGCAGUGAUAUUGAAGUUUGUCUGCUAGGUAGCAUGGCCCCAUGUGUGCUUUAUGGGAGCAAUGCUGAGAGACUUGGCUCUGCUCCCGGUUCUUUUGCCAAUCACUGCUUGCCUUACACUGGUCUCUACGUGAUUGGACAAUCCUUCUUUGGUUCGAACUGUGUGGCACCCUUCUUUACAUAUCCCAGCCGUACAGCUAUCCGCCGAAAGUUUAAUCUCGAGGGGAGCUGUGAGGCGCUCAACAGAUCUUGUGGCUGCUGUGGGAGCUCUCUUGAGGAUGAGGUGCAACGUGAGCAAUGUGAGUCAGCUUGUGACUUUGCAACUCAUUUCUUCUGCCACCCUUGUGCUCUUUGCCAGGAAGGUCGUGAACUUCGUCGUAGGCUCCCUCAUCCUGGCUUUAACGCCCAACAAGUGCUCGUUAUGAUCCCCCCUAACGAGCAGACCAUGGGCCGCUAAACACAAGAGUAUCAUACUGUGGAGUCCAAGCCUUAUCCUGCUUGGUUUGAUUUGUAUCCAGUUUCUCAAAGCUUUCUGAAGUUAUUUCACUCGACUUAUUUAUAGUUUCGCCAGUUACGUAAAACUUAAGACCUAUAUGUGGUGUGUUUAUAGUGUAUAUGCAUAAAAGAGGUGGAUUCUGCUGUAAUGUUUGUGUUGCGUAUAUAGUUAAGAGAUGUGUGUUAAACUUUCCCAAGUUCCUAAAUCUGGUUAUGAUCAGUUUGUCAGUUUAUAUGA